AACACAAAGUGCUCAGAAGGCAUUAAAAAUAACACUUUAUGUUUUUUCCUCUUUAAGCAGCAGAUUCAAUGAUUUGCAAUGUUGUAAUUUCCACACCUCAGCCUCCAUUCACCCUGCCUUGGAGUCUAAGACGUAACAACAGUGUGACAUUAAAAAUAGGACAACUGUAUUUUAAUCUGUAUGGGACAGCAAUAUUAAAUGUCCCUUUUGAACUUUGGCAACACUUGGGGGCUGGCAUGAGGUGUGUGCUGUCAGCUGCCUGGCGGAGGGACCCCAUCAGCCUACUAUUGAAGAGUUUCUGCAUUGCUGUCAUUCCUGCUGGGGGUAGCUGAUAGCACCACUGAAAGCCCCGGACACUCGAUACACAUCUGACAAGAUGGCAGGAGGAAUCUUCACCAAUUUGGAUAACCUGUGUAAUGUGGAUUGUACUAAUGUCCACCCCCUGGUGUGCCACCUGUGCCAUGAGCAGUACCAGUCCCCGUGUUUGUUGGACUGCUACCACAUGUUCUGUGCCCGCUGCCUGCGAGGCCGGACCAGUGACGGCCGUCUCAGCUGCCCCCUCUGUGGUUACCCAUCCAUAGUAAAAGGGAAUAGCGCCCUCCCACCAGAGGACCGUCUGCUGAAGUUCCUGGUCGACAACAACGCAGAAGCUGAGGAGACAGUACAGUGUGCUAACUGUGACCAGGAAAGUAACAAAAAGGACGCAGGGAUGAUGUACUACUGUAACACUUGUAGCCAGCCACUGUGCGGCGCCUGCAGGGAGUUGACUCACAAGGCCAGAAUGUUUUCCCACCAUGAGAUUGUAUCCCUGGCCAAACGCACCAAAGCCAAACACAGGAAGUGCUCUCUCCACAAGGAGCCCUACAUCCUUUUCUCAACAGAGAAUAAGUCUAUGCUUUGCAUCAAGUGCUUCAGAGACACGCAAGUGGAGAGUCGGACUCACUGCAUUGAUAUUGAAACAGCUUACGUGCAGGGGUGUGAGAUGUUGGACCAGGCUGUGCUGGUGGUGAAGGAGCUGCAGACUUCAACUCGAGAGGCGAUCGUUCUGCUGAGAGCAAUGAUAGGAGAAGUGUGUCUGAAUGUGGAGGAAGAAGAGAGUGCAAUCUGUAGUCUGUUCAACAGCUUACAGGAAAAGCUAGCAGAGAGGAAGAAGAUUCUGCUGAAAGCAGCUCAGAGUCAACAUGAGGAGAAGGAGAAAGCACUAAAGGAACAGCUCUCACACCUUACAGCCCUCCUACCAACUCUCCAGGUUCACCUCGUCACCUGUUCGGCCUUCCUCAGCUCAGCCAACAAGUUUGAGUUUUUGGACAUGGGUUACAUGUUCCUGCUUACACAGCAACUCAUGGAGAGGCUGAAGCGGAUUGUAAAGCUCCCUCAUCGACUGAGACCAGUGCAGAGCAGCAAAAUCAACACAGACUACAGAAGUGAGUUUGCCCGCUGUCUGGAGCCCUUACUGCUGCUAAGUCAGCGCUGCCCUCCAUCUGUUGCCGGAUCUACAAGUAUUGCAACAAGGCACCAGUCCCCUCUCUCCAUGUCUUGCCGCUCCCCGUCUCUCAGUGAGAUGCCCCGAAGGCCCACUUCUCACCGCAACAUCUGCACCAAGGUCCUCCUGGCUGAGGGGAGAGAAACACCCUUCACCGAGCACUGCCGCAACUAUGAGAACACCUACAGGACUUUCCAGACAGAGAUUCAGAAUCUGAAGGACCAGGUCCAGGAGCUGCACCGAGAUCUGACCAAGCACCACUCCAUCAUCAACACAGAUAAAAUGGGAGAGAUCCUGGACAGAUCGCUGCACAUUGACAGCCAGAUAGCUGCCCAGUACUCCACUGUGGAAACUAUGAGAGUCAUGUUUGAAGAGAUCUGGGAUGAGACUUUUCAGAGGGUCACUAAUGAGCAGGAGAUCUAUGAAGCCCAGCUUCAUGACCUAAUGCAGCUGAAGCAGGAGAACUCUUACCUAACCACUAUCACCCGACAGAUCAGCCCCUACAUCCUGUCCAUUGCCAAAGUCAAAGAGAGACUUGAGCCCAGGUUUCAGGAGCCUAAAGAACACCAUGAUGACCGCACAGAAACAAUGCUGAAAAUCUAUGAAGACAGCACAAUCACUAAAGACAAUCAAGACAGUAACAACCAGACCUGUGUCACAGACCAAGACAGAGACAAGAACAACCGCCCGCUGAUCCUCGACUCGGAGGAGUGCUCUGUCAAGACCAAUCAUCCGGGCAAGCAAAGGGUUCCCACGGAGACGUCCAGCCACAAUGAGAUGCCUUCAUAAACACCAUGUCAUUUGAUUUCUGUCCCCCCUCUCCCCUCCUUGCGUCUGUGCAGCAGUGUGACUUAAUUCAGCCAUAACAAGCCCAGGAUGGUAUGUGACUUCUUCUGCUGUCCAGAUACUGUACAUAACCUUUUCUCAGCAGUGGGGAGCUGUCAACAGCCCUUGGAUAGACACUAACUGGACGUACAUACAUGGAGGUCAAAGACUCACAGCUGUCAGAGCCAGACAUGGAUAGCCUCCUUGUUCAAAAUGGACGAUAACAACAUCAUAAAGAAUCGCUUUGGUGUUAUUUAAGAGCCAUGAACUGCUUUAAUGAGAAAACAGAAUGAGUAAUAUCUUACCUUUAUAUUGCCUUUUGUUGCUGUGUUUGUGCUUUGACUGUUAAAAUGAUAAGUAAUGAUAAGGUAAGUGUGAAUUAUCGCUUGUCUUUUUUUCUACAGUGUGUGUGUGUGUGUGUGGAAUUUGCAGCAUCCAUUCUUUGCAUAAAACGUUUUUUUCUUUGGAAGCUGGAGGCUGAUGAUGGAUGACUGCCCGGGUCCGAUUCCCCAGAAGAUUGUUGAACCGGUGUGACAGCACAGAUGGAACACAGCAAACGCAAUGAUGUGUGUGUCAUUCAGGGUGUCAGUUUAGGUCACAUGUUGAUGUGUGUGCCAUGUCUAGCAUCUUAUGCAGCAGGCUCCUCCAAAAUGAGGCAGUCUUUUCCAGGAUGCCCCCCCCCCCCUGCAGUUUCCACAUCUACAUGUGGAAAGUGGAAAAUCUAGAAUUACAGAGGUGUGUGAAUGAAACUGGCCUUGGCUUAACCUCGAUCUCCUGCUAGUUUUUUAGACUCCACACUCAUCCUCAAUAUCCCAGCCGACCAAGACUGUGUACUGCUGUAGGAAAUAUAUUCCUCUUUCCUUC